CUUCACGCAGAAGAAGAAGAACCCCACUUUGAAAUGUUGUUGUCUCAUGUGUUUAUGAAGUGAACCUGGCACUUUUAGAGUUUUUAAAAACUGUCUAACCGUUAACUAUUAAAAAGUCACUUAACAGGUGGAGUUUUGAACAGGUUAACGUAUGAUUAGUUAGAGUUUGUAUGUAACGUUAGCGCGUUAAACUGAAACGUUAGCUCACGCUGUUUGUGAAUGGCUGUAGCUAACUGUCACUAGCUAACAGUGAUGUCCUCGUCGUGGACGCUGCGUCAGGGACAGACAGGAGACCUGAGAAACCAGAGCAAAGAGGAGCUCAAAGAACUGCUCCUGCGACAGGAGAGGAUAUUCUCUAACAAGCGGUUUUUACAGAGUCUUCCUGACAAAGGGAAAAAGAUAAAAGAAUUUGCAGAGAAAGUGCGCCUUGCCAUUGAACACAACAAUGAAGAGGAGAGGAGACAGAGCUUGGUGUCGGCUGCCAGGACAGAGUUACACUCCAAGUAUCAGCAGACUUUCACUUUGCAACAACGUGUUAUUCCCGACACACCAGCAGCCUUAAACCAAGAAGGACAAGGUGAGGCUGCAGCAGGCAACGCGGUACAGGAGAUGGCGACCUCACCUGUCUCAGCUCAUGUGCAUGAAAACAACAUUUUGGAGCAAAAGAACCAGUUUGUCUCCGGAGGGGCUGCUGGUGAAACCAUGGAGACGGCUGCUGCUGGGGCCUCUCUGAACUCUGAUCAGACAAAAGAGGGUGACCUUGUGGAGGCCUUGGAAAGGGUCAGACUGUCUAAAAGUAAUACUGGUUUCAGUAGCAAGUGCAAAGACCCAUUUAACAGCACAGCAGGAGACAAUUACUUUCUCAAAAAGCAGAUACCAAAAAAGCCUCACUAUGUGUCUGUGAUGGAAAGAACAGAGAAGACUUCAGCUCUCCGGAAGCCACAAUUCAAACCAAAUCAGCUACCCCAAAGAAGUGACAUCUCUCCAUCCGGAUCCUCGUCACCCAGCCAGUCUUCUGAAAGUUCAUCAUCUCUCUCUGCAGAGGCCAGAAAGGAGCGGGACAGAAAGCACCUGGAUGACAUCACUGCAGCUCGACUCCCUCUUCUCCACUACAGUCCGGCACAGCUUUUGUCUCUGGAGGAGUCGGCCAUCCUCCUGAAGGAACAAGCAAAGAAGCAGCAGGAGUUGCAGGCCAAGCUGGCUUCCCAGAAACUGUCUGACGGAUUGAAGAUCUCUAUGGGGAGCUACACUCCUGACAGUGGCCCCAUGGCUGCCUACAGAGAGGAUCACGAUGAAGGAUCCCAGCUCUCCUCAGAGGAGGACUGAUCCUGGAAGGCCGGAGCAGGGGAAACCAGUGUGAGCUUGGCCCUAAGGGAAACAGGCUUUGGACCUUGCAAUCAGGAUCCAUCAAACAGGGUUUUCACUGCAAAGACAAGAAUUCUUAAGAUAGGAAAAGAGUCUUUGCACCGUGUGAAGGCAUAGUUGGUAUCCCAAACUCAGCUCAGGAAAUGGCAGAAUUGAGAAACUAGCUAACUUAAUUGUUAUUCUGUUUGUAUUGGGUUUGUGUCAGGGUCCUAGAGUAAU